UCUCUCUCCUCACACUUUUCCCUCAGACACCCAAGAUGGCGGCAGCGUCAUCCAUCCAGCCGCCGAGCGUCCACUCUUCUUUAGUGCGGGAGGAGAGCGCACUUUCCCCGGAGAUGGACAGUCCGGGGAGCCGGCAGCCGGAGGAGGAGGAGGAGGCGGCGGCGGUAGUGGCGGCGGCGGCGGCUACGGUGCAGCCUCCUGAGCCGGGCGUCUGCCUCCGCGAGCUGCCGGACUUGGAGCCGGAGGAGAUCGAGAAGCGUUUGGCCAAAACUCGGCAGGAGCUGAGCAACAGGAGGAAAAUCCUCAUCAAGAACCUGCCGCCGGACACCACGAACCAGGAAGUCCACGAAAUUCUGAAAGAAUAUGAGCUGAAGUACUGCUUUGUGGACCGCAAUAAAGGAACAGCCUUUGUGACUUUGCUGAACGGGGACCAGGCUCAGGAUGCCAUCCGCUCCCUCCAUCACAGCACUGUCCGGGGACGCUUGAUCAACGUCACUCUGCAGCCCACAGACUCGCUGCUCUGCCUCACCAACCUGCCCCACACCUUCACGUCCCAGCAGUUUGAGGAGCUGGUGCGCGCCUACGGAAACAUCGAGCGCUCCUUCCUGGUGUACAGCGAACUCACGGGCCAGUCCAAAGGAUAUGGGUUUGUUGAGUACAUGAAGAAGGACUCUGCUUCUCGGGCCCGCUCUGAGCUGCUGGGCCGACCAAUGGGCGAUCGCUCGCUGAUGGUGCAGUGGAUGGACGUCAACCAGCUGAGCCAGGAGGAGAACCUGCACUCCAGGUGUCUGUGUGUGGACCGACUGCCACUGGACCUCUGUGACUCUGAAGAACUGACCCAGCUCUUCUCAGAAACCUACAAACCGGUCUUCUGCCAGCUUGCUCAGGAUGAGGCUAGUCCUGUGCGGGGCUUUGGUGUGGUGGAGUAUGAGAGCGCAGAGCAAGCAGAGGCUGUUCUGACAGAGAUGGACCGAACACUGGUGGGAGGACAGGAGGCGCGUCUGUCGCUCUGUACUCCCGGCACCUCAGGGAGAAGCACACUGGCUGCUCUCAUUGCUGCCCAGGGCAUGAUUCUCAGUAAUAGGAAAGGUCUGCUGCCAGAGCCAAACUUGGCCCAGUUGUUGACCAGUAUGACCAACCCGGCCGCCCUGCAGAUCCUCAUGAGACCGUACCACACUGGGAAAAGAGGAGGGAAGUAUGGGCGUCACAGCAGCCUGCCUUUCCUGCGACCUCCUCUCACCACAGCGCUGCUCACACUGGGAAAAGCUCACCAGAGUGCCAUGCUCGGUAACGGACUAGUCCUUCAGAACCUGUUACACAUGCAGCUCGCACAGCAGCAGCUUCUUCACAUCAAAGACAAACGCAUCACUAGCGUCUCCAGUCUGCUCGGGGAUCCAUCCAGGCUGCUGAUGCAGAAAGCGUUGUCUCUGCGGCCUCCAGGCCUCGUGUCACUGGGGAAAGGCCUCCUGGGAGAUUCCCCUACAGAUUUGAGCCAGGAGUCCGUGCCUGUGUCGGCCCACAAUGCCACAGUGGUGGUGUCAGCAGCAGGUAUGAUGCCAUACCUCCAGGGUCGAGCUGGAGCGGGAGAACAAAACAGCACCCAUUCUAUCUCCACAACCCCCUCUGCUUCCUCCACCUCUUCCACUUCCUCCUACCCCUGUGACAGACAGCCAGCUCCUCCAGGGACCAUGGUGGCCUCCCAGCUGCAGGGACAGAGCUACUCCUUGGGUAUAAGUAACUCCGGCCUUGGCCCACCUCCCCCUAAACCUCCUGGAGGAGUUUACACAUCAUCAGGCCAGCACACCAGCAUAGAUGCUUGUACCCUGGCUAACAUGGUCAGCAGUGGUCAGAGUUCUCUGUUGGGAGAUCCUCCUAAAGAAGUCCGCCUGCCCUCUAAUCCUUACCUGAACCUGGCCAGUGUAAUGCCAGGAGUCGUUCUGCAAGGGACGGUUGGGAGUAAAGCACAGGGAAGACAGGCCACCUCUGGAGUUUACAGCAGCUCAGUUGCUCCUGUUGUGUCUCAGGGCUCCGGUUCCUUCUCCCACAGCGUUGCUGCUACAACAAAUGCUCAGUACAGCACUGACCCCUCCGCUGACUACAGUCAGUACAACCAGGCCUACACACAGGAGGCCAUGCAGCAGUGGUACCAGCACUACCAAGCAGCACAAGCUCACACCUAUAGCACGGCUCCUCCACAGGACAGCACGGCCACAGACUACAGCAAGGAGCACACACAGCCUCCUCCAGUGACGACCUACGGGGAUUACAACUCCUACAUGCAGGCGGUCACUCAGUACUACUCCCAACCUGCAACAGCCAACCAGGCCUACGGCAGCAAGGAGGUGGAUGUGUGUAAGCCUCUAGGAGUUUCCCUGCACGCAGUCAGUAACGGUGCGGCUCCUCCGCCGGCUGUCCUACCAGCUGCUGCUGUGCUCCCGGCCUACAGCACCCUGCCAUUGAUGCCUGGCUUCCUCGGGGCUCCACACCCGGCGGCGGCCACUCCAAACCCAGUCGCGCACACACACAGCGCCGCCGCAGACUGGAACGCCUACUACUAUAACCAGACGAGGGGCCACAAGAGAGAGUAUCCUCAGCUGGCUGUGCAGGAAGUGACCUCAUCAGAGGGCGCCUACAUCGGUCAACACUCGCAGGGCCUGGGCGGCCAGUACGCCGACUACUUUAAGAGGAAGAGGCUCUAGUAUGAACCGAACACCCUGAAGCCUAAAGCUUAUGGAGGGAGCCCACAAACGGUGUCUGCUGGAUGUCACAGCUCCCUCUAGUGGCCUUUCUGUGGCUGCCAUUUUGCAUCCCUACAGUAGGUACUGUAUUAAUAGAAAAUAGGGUUGCAAGUGGCUUAAAAGUUAAAAUAAGCCAUAGUGCUCUUCAAAUCUGGCAUUUAUGUACACACACAUUCUUGUACAGCAAUCUUAGUGAGGACACUCGUAGACAUAAGCCCCUUAACUUAACCCUAACCCCUUAACCUUACCCUAAAGAAGCCCUUUAACAUUUUGAGGACCAGCCAAAAUGUCCUGACUUCCUUUGGUUUAUACAUUAUUAUUUUUUUGUCCUCACAAAGAUAUGCAUACAAGUACACACACACACACACACAUUCGGUGUUGCUUUUGUCCUGUUCAAGCCUUAACUCUUAAGCUAACGUGUCGACUGUAACUUAACUUAUAUUAACAUGUAAAUCUUUUAUAAUCUCAUGUAAAGUGAAAUAUUAUGGUAUUAUCUGUACGUGAAAAGCUGCUUUUGUAUUUCCGGUGUGUAGGACAGUAGGACACUCAAUCCUCUUCCGCUGUGUUUCUGUUGUUUCAUAUUAUUUUUUUCCAGAGGAUACAAAUGUGUAUCACACACUCGCGCGUGGAUUCACCCCGGUGUGUGUGUGUGCUUUUUUUUCUGCUUCACUGUUUUUCCUCUUUUCAUUUUACUGCACAGGCUUUUGUAGGAGGACUGGUGUGUGUGCGUGUGUGUGUGUGAGUGUGUGUGCUACAUGUGUUUGUGUGUGUGUGUGUGUGUGUUUGAUAUGCUGUAUCUGUAGGAAGCAUCAGCCAUUUAAAUCCCAGGGUUGGGAGCAAAUCAGGAAGAAAAAGAAAAGGGGGGACUGAACAAAUCAAAGCCCUUAAUUGCGGCGACAUACAGAAGCUUCCCUUAAUAAACUUUCUGACAGAGUGGCCAGAAAACAAAAAGGCUUGUGUAUAUAUUCAUAUACAGUGUCUAAUGCAGACUAUACAGUAUAAAGCCAUGCAUAAUGUACAGUACAAUAACAUACAGUAUAUAAUGGAUGUUUCCUGGCUCCUGUGUGAGCGUUUUUUUGUUGUUGUUUUUUUCAAUCAAAUACUGAUAUAUUUGUAAUAUAAUCCAAGGAUAUCAAUGUAAUUUUAAUAACGAUGAAUAGAAACUCAUCUGGUGUUGA